CUUAUCUUUCUUCCUCGUUAUCUAGUAUCCUCUUUCCUUUCCAGUUUCUCCAAUUUCCAAUAUUUACUAGGAGUGAAGCAGAGUCUACACUCACAGGGGGAAUGUGGUUCAGUGCUGCUCUGCCCCAUGCGGUUUCUCUGCAACUCUUCUCCAGCUUCCAUGGCGAACUCUCUCUAACCUCCGCAAAAUCAACUCCGUUUCUUGGAGUCCCCUUCUUCUCCGCCGCCACCUCCGAACCAUCGCUCCGCAGUUGCCGCCGUUCUUUCUCGCCCAAACGACUCGUCGUUUGGUCGAAGAGAUUCUCGAGAUUGGAGGAGGCCAUGAGAAUCACCAGAGAACGAGAGCUUCUGAAGACGAGAAAGGUGAGGCGGCCGCCGCCGCUAAGGCGCGGGAGAGUGUCGCCGCCUCUGCCGGUGCCGGACCACAUUCUGAAGCCUCCGUACGUCGGCUCGUCCGUGUUGCCGGAGAUUUCGAGCGAGCAUCAAAUUCACGACGAGGAAGGCAUUGCUCGCAUAAGAGCCGCCGGCGAGCUCGCCGCUAGGGUUUUGGAGUAUGCGGGGACUUUGGUCAGGCCAUCAGUAACAACAAAUGAAAUUGACAAAGCAGUGCACCAAAUGAUCAUCGAUGCCGGUGCUUAUCCUUCACCUCUUGGUUAUGGGGGAUUUCCCAAGAGUGUUUGUACAUCUAUUAAUGAGUGCAUGUGCCAUGGAAUACCUGAUUCUCGGCAGUUGCAGAAUGGAGAUAUUAUAAAUAUUGACGUCACAGUUUACUUAAAUGGAUAUCAUGGAGAUACAUCAAAGACAUUUCUAUGUGGGGAUGUCAGUGAUUCAGUUAAACGCCUAGUUAAGGUAACUGAAGAAUGUUUGGAGAGAGGCAUAGCGCUUUGCAAGGAUGGUGCCAGCUUUAAGAAAAUUGGAAAACGAAUCAGUGAGCAUGCUGAGCGAUAUGGUUAUGGCGUAGUGGAACGUUUUGUUGGGCAUGGUGUUGGAACUGUUUUUCAUUCUGAGCCACUUAUUUUACAUCACCGAAACGAAAGCCCUGGCUUCAUGGUUGAAGGUCAAACAUUUACAAUUGAACCAAUUCUUACAAUGGGAAGCAUCGAGUGUGUAACAUGGCCAGAUAACUGGACAACCGUGACUGCUGAUGGUAGCCCCACCGCCCAGUUUGAGCAUACCAUUUUGAUUACGCGUACUGGUGCUGAAAUUUUGACCACUUGUUGAAAAGGUGGGGUCCGUAAAAUUCAGGUGCAGGAUGACACCCACCCUUGAUCGUAAUUCCAUGAGCUAAGGUUGUCGACGUGUCCAAGUCAUAGUGCCUGUAUAGCGCGACCUAUUGUUUUUUGUUUAUUUAUUUAUUUUUUUUGUUUUUUGUUUUUUUGCUGAAUAGCGUGACCAUUUAUAUACAUCAAUUAGGCCUACGACGUUCAGGGGAUGUAUGUUUAUGUAUCUGCCUUUAGUUUUAAAUUAUGAUUUAUGAUUUUUAUAGU